AUGGCCUCAACUACCAAGCCAAUCCAGAAAAUCCUGGACUCAACCAAGAUCGCAUCCUUGUCAAAAUUUGUCCGUCGGCCACCAAUUGAUCCGCAAACACCGAUCCAGGGGAAAGUUCGGAACCCCAACUCCAAUGCGUUUAAAGAGCAUGUGAAGCGCGAGGGUGUGCGGUUGCAGAAAGCAUUGAAUGCCAUCACACACGGAAAGAACAUCUUUGUCUACCACAAUGUUCGCACGAAGCAGGUCGUUUACUCGUUGACCCGGUAUCUGGAGAAAAACAACCUCCUCCGCCAGAUGAUUUACCACGGCAAGAAGACCGUUCCCGCCGAGGUCCGCCGCGACAUGUGGGUGCCAUACUACUCCGUCCACUUCAGCGACUCAAAGCUGGGUCUCCGUGCGUAUCAACUUCUCCGCGAGUUCUCAAUGCAGCGACAACUCGCCCCGCCUAAAGAGAUGAUUACCGUGACAGAAGAGUUCCUAGCGGCCAAGAGGCCGAAGGACCCCAAUCAAGCGGAGAUAUUCGACAAGAUGAACAAGAAGCGCCUUGGCAACACCAUGGAGAAGAAGGAGCGUGCUCGCGUGUUGAUGGACCAGAAGGCGACCUCCGUCGCUGACGUGGCAGCCGUGCUGUCAAUUCAGCAAGAAGAGAUCGCGAACGGACUGCUGAGCCGCGAUGGUUCGCGCGGAUACCUCACUCGGAAAGCUCGUCAGCGUAGACGCGAGGCUCUUCACGAGAAUGCAGAGAGGGCGAAGGAGGGUGCCGCUCGCAUUGGCGCACUGGAAGAACAGCUUAGCCAGCGCAGCGGGGAGGUUGUCAAGAUCGGCGAGGUGGAGGGUGUUAACCCCCAGACUCCCGAGACUGUCAAGAUCCUUUGGCAGGAUGUGCAUGAUGCACACUACGCUGAGUCAUGGGUCCCGAACGUUCAGCACGGCAAGUUGGAGCGCACUCGCAACAGCAUUAUUGCCGGUGAGUUGCGUCUCGACAACCCCGACGUUAUUGCGGAUAAUGAGUUCAAGGAGCUGAAGGAGUAA